AUGGUGUGGCGAUACGCAACAUGGCUAGAAGUUGCAGCCACAACAGCUGCUGUUAUCUGCGGUUUCCUGUGUUCGUUGGGUCUGGUGGGAGCGGUAUUAAUAUAUGGGGAACUGACUGCCCUCUUUAUACAAAGGGAUCAGGCGAAACGACCGCCAGCAGAACCUAUGUUAUUGGAGCUUUUUGGCGGUGGGAUAACGUUAAACGAUGGUAACAGAAGCCUUCACAUGGACGCGUUGGUGGACGAUUCUGUCGCCUUCGCAUCAGCUAGUGUAGCCAUCAUGAUGCUACAAAUGUUCUUCGCCACAAUUGCAGUCAGUUUGGCAAACUGGGCGGCUGCUAGAAUGAUAGCACGAAUCCGAUGGCGGCUCCUCCGCUCCGUAUUGAGUCAAGAAACUGCCUUUUUUGACAUGAAUACAACAAUGAAUUUUGCCACGACAAUCACAGAAGACACGGACAAGCUAAAAGCCGGUGUGGGUCAGCAGAUCGCGAUGAUGUCAUAUCUAGGUGGCAGUGUGAUCUCCGCUGGACUAGUCGCCAUGUUGUAUGGCUGGCAGCUAACUCUUGCUGGUCUGGUCGUCGUUCCAGUGGCGCUGAUGAUAGUCUCAUUUGCUGCUAAGUACCAAACGAAGUAUACUUCUGAAGAAGUGACGUCAUAUGGAACAGCGGGUAGAAUGGUAGAACAAGCCUUAGCUGCUAUAAGGACCGUCAGAGCGUAUGCUGGUGAAGAGAAGGAGGUUUCUAGCUAUGAAAACUCCUUGCAAUCUGCAAGCUCCUCUACCCAAAAACGUUGUUUAUGGACAGGCGCAGGGUCCGGCGUGAGCUGGCUUCUAACUUACAUCUUAAACUCUAUUGUCUUUGCCUAUGGGACAGCUCUAUGCGUUCAGGACAUGGACUUGCCAGCUGAAGAGAGAAUUUAUCAUCCUGGAGUUAUGGUUACGGUCCUAUUCUGCUGCUUCAUGGCUGCUCAGAACACGGCAAUGUGCACCACCCAUCUCGAGAUCUUCUCCACAGCACGGGGAGCUGCUAAAUCUCUCUUUAAUUUACUCGAGAAGAAGUCCAAGAUUGAUCCAUUACUUGAGACUGGUGCGAAGCCUGCUAAGUUCGAAGGAAACAUGUCGUUCGAGAACUUGUAUUUUAAUUAUCCUUCGAGGCCGGAUGUCAAGGUUCUUCGUGGCAUGACACUAAGGAUAAAGGCUGGAGAAACUGUGGCUUUGGUGGGUGGUUCUGGAUGUGGUAAAUCCACUCUUCUUCAGCUCCUGCAACGAGCAUACGAGCCUGACAGUGGUAACAUUACGGUAGACGGUCAUGGUCUGAGGGAACUGAACCUGCAUCACUUCAGAACUCACAUAGGUGUUGUUGGUCAAGAGCCAGUAUUAUUCAGUGGCACGAUACGCGACAACAUUACUUUGGGUGUAGAGGGUGCCACUGAAGAUGACAUUAUUUCAGCAGCAAAAACUGCGCAUGCCCAUCAAUUUAUAAUGAAAUUGGCUCACGGUUACGACACUAUUCUUGGAGAAGGUGGGGCUCAAUUGUCAGGUGGUCAAAAACAAAGAGUUGCCAUAGCCAGAGCUCUAUUGAGGAAGCCAGCGAUUCUUCUGCUGGAUGAACCCACAUCAGCACUUGACCCUGCGUCUGAAAGACAGGUACAAUUGGCGUUAGAUGCUGCUAGCAAAGGACGGACUACUCUAGUAGUAUCACACAGAUUAUCGACCAUCGUUAACGCUUCUCGCAUCGUGUACAUCGAACAAGGCUCAGUACUUGAAGCUGGAACUCAUAUAGACCUGUUGGAGAAGAAGGGCGCUUAUUGGAAACUGGUCCAGGAUGAUAUGACGCAUAGAAGUAUAGAAGCCGUGCAAGAGGAGUGUUCAGAUGACGAAGUAAUAGAAGAGAAGACAGUAAGGGUUAGGCGAACCAGCAGCAUCCGUUCACAAAAAGACUCUUUCGUGCGUGAGAGUUUCUCCAGAGGAAGUCGUCGAGUUGCCUCGGUUGCAUCACUGUAUCCACCGCCAGACGUCAUACCACAAGAUGAACCUGUUCCGGAGAAGGAAGUGACUGUGUCAAAUUGGGAAAUACUGAAACUGAAUGCUGAAGAAUGGCCCUUACUUUUAACUGGCGGGAUAGCUUCGCUCAUCAUUGGAGCUACUAUGCCGGUGUUUGCCUUAUUGCUGUCAAAGUUAUAUGGGAUGUUCUCCUUACCUGAACCAGAAGAAAUCCUCCGUCAGUCAGAAUUAUACGCCGGUCUCUUUGCCCUGGUUGCAGCUGUCAGUGGUCUAGUUACAUUCCUACAAACCUGGCUUUUCGGUUUAGCAGGUGCCAGAUUAACAAACCGAUUGAGGGUCAUGAUGUUCUCAAAUUAUUUACAACAGGAACAAGGGUGGUUCGACGAACCGUCCAACUCCGUUGGGGCGUUGUGUGCUCGUCUCGCCACUGACUGUGCAGCAGUACAGGGCGCUACAGGAACCAGACUGGGUACGAUGCUCCAAGGUAUCAGCACGAUGGUGUUAGGUGUCGGUCUGGCGAUGUUCUACUCAUGGAAGAUGACACUUAUUAGUCUUCUUAGCGUUCCUUGUGUCAUAGGUGGUAUCUGCCUUGAAGGCUGGGUGAACAAAAAAUCGGAAGUGAAGGAGCAAGAGGCUUUGGAGGAGGCUUCGAGGCUUGCUACGGAAGCAGUACUCAAUGUGAGAACGGUCCAUAGUCUCGGUGUAGAACAAGCCCUCCUAAACAAGUACGAGCAAGCUCUCAUCGAAGCAGACAAGCGAGCGGGUGUAAGCCGCCACAUUCGCGGAUUGGUGUACGGCCUAUGUCUGUGUGCUCCUACAUUGGGAUACGCACUGUCUCUCGCCAGCGGUGGUUAUCUGAUCGCUAGAGAAGGAUUGCCCUAUGAAUAUGUUAUAUUAGUAUCAGAAGCAUUGAUUUAUGGAGCUUGGAUGCUGGCGGAGGCGUUGUCGUUCGCCCCAAGCUUUGCUGCUGCGCAAAGAGCUGGUGGACGCGUUCUGCGUGCGUUGCACCGAACGCCGCGCGUUAUAAGCGAAUGCUCGGAUGAACCGAAUUGGGUCUCAUCAGGAAACAUUAGCUUUUCCAACGUUCACUUCAAAUAUCCCACAAGGCUCCACCAGCCCGUUUUACGAGGCCUCAAUUUGGAAGUCCCAGCCGGUCGCACUGUGGCCCUAGUGGGUCCCUCGGGUUGUGGUAAGAGUACCAUUAUGCACCUGAUCUUGAGGAGUUAUGAUCCAGAAAACGGAUGUGUGACCCUCGACGGCCGAAAUAUUAAAUCGAGGCUGACUCUACCUCGUCUCCGCGCACAACUGGGUCUGGUCCAACAAGAGCCAGUUAUGUUUGAGCGGUCAAUACGAGACAAUAUUGCUUAUGGCGACAACGGGAGAGAAGUUGGCAUGGACGAGAUUAUUGAUGCGGCUACGAAGGCCAAUGUACAUGGAUUCGUUGCUAGUUUGCCCCUGGGAUACGACACAGUGCUAGAAGCGGGAAGCGCAGCGCUCUCUGGUGGCCAGAAGCAACGGGUUGCUAUAGCCCGCGCGUUAGUCCGAGAUCCGAGGGUCUUGUUGCUGGAUGAGGCUACUUCGGCGUUAGAUGCUGCUAGCGAAAAGGUAGUACAAGCAGCUUUAGAAACAGCGUCUCGUGGUCGCACCACGGUCAUAAUAGCCCACAGACUCGCAACAAUUAGGCAUGCAGAUAUAAUCUGUGUUGUGGAUAAAGGUGCCGUAGCUGAAAGUGGAUCCCACGAAGAAUUAGUGAAAAGGAGAGGCCUAUAUUGGGAACUAUUACAACAACAGGCACCCAACGAUGCUGCAUAG